AUGAAGGUGUCCAAUAUACAAAAAAAUCUUUUAUUUGUUAACAUAAUAUAAUACUUGUAUUAUAUUUUAUCAAUUAUUAUAUCUAAAAUGGGGCUUAAAUCAUUAUGGAACCUCAAAGAAGAAAAGUGGCCGGUCCAGUAGCACCAAGCAGCAUGAAAGCAGCUCGUAAGAGUUUUAUGGUGACGAAUACGUACGUAAAAAAUUUGACACCGGACAAAGAAAUCGUUGCAGUGCAUACAAGCGCACCGAGCAUUGAAUAUAGAUCUCAUCACAGUGCACAAAAUCAAAUAUAUCAAGGGGAAGUUAAUGUACUUUCUAUAAUUGACACAAAUAAAGAUAUUAUGUGUUGUAAAUAUACUGAAGAUACAAGAGAGAUCGCUGCUGGGUUCACCGAUGGCUCGAUUAGAUUGUUCGACUGUAUGAAUGGCAACUGCACUCAUACACUAAUGGACGACGAAUGCCGGUCGUAUCCUGGUCCAGUCACGGCUAUCAAACAUAGACCCGUUAGUAAAGCGCAUCCCAUCUCCAACACCAUAUUGUCAUCUUACGUGAAUGGAUGUAUUAAAUGUUGGACUUACAAGUACAACCAAUGUAUAUACACAAUACGUGAGAAAAGACAAACGUUGGGGCUUUGUUAUCAUCCACGGUUUACAAAGUUUGUUACUUAUGGAGAUGACGCGAAGCUAAAUAUGUAUGACGAGGAAGCUCAAACUCAGGAGAGGACAUUUUAUUCCAGUCAAAGAAAAGGCAUCAUCGACGGUCACACGUCCAGAAUAUUUGCUUGUGUUUUCAAUCCAAAAUCACAUCACGAACUCAUAUCUGGAGGGUGGGAUGACGUUGUCGUGUGUUGGGAUGAUAGACAACCUUUCGCAACUAAAUAUUUUACGGGUGUGCAUAUGUGUGGAGAAGGACUUGAUUUCGAUAAGCCAGGAAAACAGAUACUGACGUGCUCUUGGCAAGACAAAGACAGCAUACAAAUAUGGGAUUAUGGCUCGUGCAAACUAAUUGAAACGAUAGUCCCGGAUAAUCAUAACUGCAAACUAUACUGCGGAAAGUUAGUUCCGCAAACAAAUUUGGCUAUCUGCGGUGGUUCGGAUGCGAAUAUAUUAAGAGUUGUCGACAUUAAUUUGAAAAUGACAGAAUGUUCAAUACGGAAUAACCCAGGUGCAAUUUACUGUAUCGAUUUUGGAACGGUGAGGAGAAAACCAACUAAAGUUCCCGAUACGUACAAGAAAGUCAGCGAGAUCCAGAGCAUCCCACGUGUCGCACUCGUUACGGGGAAGAGAUUGCAAAUAGUUGAUUUUGGAUAAUGUUUCACAAAUAAAAGAAAUGUAUAAAAGUUGUA